AUGAACAUUACAGUUUAAAAUCUGAGUAUGGAAAAUUUACAUUAAAAAAAAGAUUAAGUUGCAAAAGAAACAAACCUCUUCAUGAAUUCUGAAUAGCAUGAAUUAAAAACACCUGCUGUAAAAAGAACUAAUUUUGGGAAAUAAAACCUCAAUCUUUUCUAAAAUAUAUCAAACUCUACAAGUUCGACUGCUAGCAGUAGCGAUAAUAAUAGCGAGGAAUUUAAUUGCCCAGAGAGAUAAUUUAGAUUUUCAUAGAUUGUGAUUGAUACAAAUGAUGACUUGGAAUCAAGAAUUCAUGAUUGGUUAGAUAAAUAAAAUGUGAUUAUUACCAAUCCAUAUGAUAAAAUAGCUGAUUACUACCAUUAACUUAGAAUUUAAGCUUUUAAUCGCUUUAUAGAUUGCUUUUCUAUUAAUGAAAACUGUGAAAAUGAUCCUUUUAAAUUAGAAACGUUUUAAGCCCAUAACAAUUUAUCUAGACAAUAAUCAACUUUAGUCAUGAGUUCUUCACCAAUUAUAUAGAGACGCAACAAAAUUUUGAGUUCUGAUAACCCCAAAGAUCAUAAACAAUUUAGCUUAAGAAAAAAUCUAAGAAAUGGUAUUGGAGAAGAAGUAGUUAUUUCAGAGUUCUAACAUGCAUGA